AAUGAAUCACACACCUGCCACCUGACAUACUUCCUAUAGCUCAAUUCUCUCUUUCUCUCUCUCUUCCUCAUCUGAAUCUUCGCCGUCGACGCCGCCGAUGGAUUCUUCAAAUUCCUCACCGAACGAUGUCCCCAACGGCAAUCAAUACUCUGACUUCAUAGUCAUCCUCGCCGCUCUUAUGUGUGCCCUAAUCUGCGUACUCGGUCUAGCGGCUGUCGCUCGUUGCGCUUGGAUCCGUCGGAUCUCUGGCCUUCCUCCUAAUACCUCCUCCACAGCUACUGCGAACAAAGGCCUGAAGAAGAAGGUCCUCCGUUCCAUUCCAAAAGUCACCUAUACAACCGACUACGCCGCCAAAUUCUCCGAUUGCGCCAUUUGCCUGAUGGAAUUCUCCGCCGGUGAAGAAGUGAGAGUUCUACCGCAGUGCGGCCAUGGAUUUCACGUCGUAUGCAUUGAUACCUGGCUUGGAUCUCACUCUUCGUGUCCGUCCUGUCGACAGAUUCUAGUAGCGUCCAGAUGCCAACAAUGCGGUGGAUUACCUGUUGUAAGCUCUGUCCCCGCUCAACAGACUGAAUUAACACUUGAUGCUCCGAUUGUAUUCUUACCUUAGCUUGCUUCCAGGUCCAUCGAUCUCUUCCAAAUUCUAGCUAAUCAUUCACACUUUAAACUGUUCUUCGAUCGUGUAUAUUCGUUAAGUAAUUAAAUUACUAGCUAGGAAGUAAAUAUUGAUCUAUAGUUCAAAAUUGAAUCACUCGAUCUAGUCUAGUCUAGUCUAGUGUUGAUUCACUACGGUUUCAAGUAUUUUAUGAACAAUCUUGUGUUUUGUUCAUCUUUGCUAUUUUCUUUCCUUCCUCGUCAGUGAAAUAUAUGCAUUAUGUAU